UCUCCUUGGUUACCCUGGCUAGGCUAUCCUCUGGCAGCGAUGGUGGUUCAUGUCAUGCACAAAGUGCCAUAAGACUUCCCAGUCAUAUGGAACUACAUACAAAUGCAUCGAUCCAGGCUGUUCUUGCACAGAUGCACUGCCAAGGUAUCGCAUCUGCUUUGUGGUGACUGACGGCACAAGAGAGGCCGAAUUUGUUUUCUUUGAUAGAGCAGGGAAGGAAAUUAUUGGCAAAUCUCUGAUUACCCUUCUCCGUGGUGGAAAGUCCAGUCGUGUUCCUCUUGAAGAAAUAGUUCGGGUGGCCCACGGAGAUGACACUGUCCCACAGGAAAUAGCUGCGCUGGUUGGGCAAAAGUACAGAUUUGUAGUCUCUAUCUCCACAAAGAGUUUCCUGCCUGAGUCAAAGGAGACCUCAUUUCAAGUCAAUAGGAUAGAUGUCCCCACUGAAAGAUGCCUACGCAAUGCAGUUAUGUAUCGCAAGGCGGAUUCAUCUGGCCAGUCUGGAAGUAACACAGAUUCUCAGUCUACUCAUGUUGCUUCCUUUUCGUCCGAGGCACUGCCUGCUGGAUCCGUUCCACCACUUCUCAUGAGCAGCCAGGAUGCCGAGCAAACACUCAUGGAGACACAACCAAAGGUGCAUCUUCUAUUAUUACUAUUUCGUCUCUUCUGCUAUCCUUUGUUGUCACUGUGCUCUGUGCUCCUUAUCCUUCACCCUGAUGUAUGCCAGGCCCCUAUCACUCCUAAAGGAAAAUCAACUGAUGCUUCCCUAGACUCUGUGAACCAAAGUGGCACUAAGAGGGGACUAACAAAACAUCCGGUGGCCAGUACCCAGCUGCGCAAGCCUCUAUUUCCAAACAAGAGCACACGGGUAUUUAUUUCCCCUUGCCUAGCGCAAAAAACUCAAACAUGUGUUGGUCGUGUUCUGGUCAAUGACCAGCCGUUCUAAACUUUUGCCCAGGAAGUUGGGCCUCUGGAGGAUAGCAUCUAUGAUUUUAGUGAAGAAAAUGCUACUCAGCUAAGGAAAACAAAUGAAAAAGUGGCAGGGAAAGCUGAUGUGCCCCCUGACAGCAAAAAACUCAAGAUCUAGACCAAGGGCCAUUAAGCGACAUAC